AUCAAUCGUGCAAUUUAAGCAUCAUUUAAUUUAAUAGCAAAUACCAGAAAACAUCUUAAUAAUGAUAUAAUCAUUUAAAUACAAUAACACCUCACAUUUAACUCUUAAUCAUCCUGUAUAUUCAUUGAAAGUGUCGUGAGGUCUCAGAUCUGCUGUAAGAUGUUUAGUGUGACCAGCAGAGGGCUGUGAUGAAGAUGUGAAUAUAAAGACACUGAACUGAGACCUGUGAGGAUUAAGAUGAAAUCAUUCAGUCAGUCAGUUCCUCUCUUAUCUGAUAAAGAUUGAUUUAUUAUGAACUUUAUGAGUGUCAGAUUAAUAUAAUGUUAUGAAUUAUUAUGGACUGUUAUUUACUGAAGAAAAUGUCUGAUGUGAUUUUAUUCUGCUUGUGUUUGUGGAGUCUGGUGGGUGUGUUUGGUGAGUUUGUGUCAGUGACUGAAGGAGAUUCAGUGACUUUAUCUGUCAAUCUCACUGAAACACAGAGAGAGGACAGAAUCUCCUGGAAGUUUACAUCUCAAGAAAUAAACGCAGCAGAAAUUAUCAUAGCUGAAACAGAAGAUAAAGGAAAUACUGUCACUUUACAUGAAGAUAGAGCUGAAGGAAGAUUCAGAGACAGACUGAAGUUAAACAAACACACUGGAUCUCUGACCAUCACAAACACCAACAUCACACACACUGGACUUUAUAAAGUGAACACCAUCCGCACAAAUACCCAACUCAAAACAAUCAAUCUUACUGUCUAUGCUCGCCUGCCCGUUCCUGUCAUCAGCAGAGUUUCUUCACAAAGUUCUUCAUCAUCAUCAAAUUGUUCAUUAUUGUGUUCAGUGUUGAAUGUGAGAGAUGUGAGUCUGUCCUGGUACAGAGGAAAAAGUUUAUUGUCCAGCAUCAGUGUGUCUGAUCUCAACAACAACAGCAUCUCUCUUCAUCUGAAGUGUCUGGAUGAUUCUUACAGCUGUGUGCUGAACAAUCCCAUCAGUAAUCAGACUCAACAUCUCAACAUGGAUCAGAUGUUAAACAUUGAGCAACUAACAUCGUUUGUAUUAAUUUCUUCAGUAAAGAAAGAGAUCUACUGCUGUUGUGGUUUUACUGAAGUUGUGAUCCGAUUGGUCGUCUCUGUUCUGGUGGGCGUGGCUGCUGUUGGUUUUGUGGUUUAUGACAUCAGAUCCAGAAGAGAUGAAGAGAAGAGGAUGAGAUCAGAUAAACUCCACUAAACCUCUUCAGUUCAUUUAUUAUAGUUAUCACACAUUAUUCAUUAUAUAUAAACACAAUCUUUAUUAUUUCUUUAAAAUACUUCAUUUGUUCAGCUCGACUGUUUUCUUAUUAAAUAUUAUUGUGGAUCCAAACUUUAUUCAGCUUUGACUUUCUUCAUUAGGUCAUUGUUUAUUGGCAAAAUCUCAUUUUAUUGAUCAAUUCAUUAAAGUGUAAACUACAUCGGAUUCAUGUGAAAAAUAAAGAAACUAAAGAAUAAAUGUUGAUUCUGAAGCAUCUUUGUAUUGACGUCAUUGAUGAUCACUUCAUCAAAUCCUACAUAAAUCAAUGAGAUUAUGUUUAUGAUACAGAGUCACAUAGACUCA